UGCCCUCAUAUUAACCACCGUGUGCUCAAACGAGAACAAUGUGCUCUCUGCGCUUAUUCAUUCCAUUGUUUGUUUGAGAAAGCUUAUUAUUACGGUAUUUUAUGUAAAUAAUGGUCUCGUGAUAAUGCGUAGUUGUGACAACGAAAUUCACAAACCUUGCUAAUCGUUAGUCAGUGCAUGGACAUCUACUGUUAAAGUGGCAAUUUUUAUAGUACUUUUCCUUGAUUCAGUUCUAAUUGUAUAUAUGUAAUUUGUAGUGUUUCGUUGUAAGCUUUUACCGGAGGACAGUUUUAUUUGAAGGUGAAAAACUGAUUCGUUGCGCCCCCUGCCCCACGCAUGAUGGCGGUGUCUCGGCGGCGGGCGGCGAGCUACGCGCAGGCGCUCCACGACAUGCGGGUCCGCGGCGUCCUGUGCGACGCCACGCUGCGUCUGGACGACGGCGCUUCCUUCCGCGUGCACAGGGCCGUGCUCUCCGCCAGCAGCUCCUACUUCAGGGCACUUUUCACGUCCGCGACCAACUCUACCACCAAGAAGGAUGUUGCACUCCACGGCAUCAAUUCGACAUACAUGGCGUCUAUCGUGAGGUACGCUUACCUGCAACAGCUGGACAUCAAGGAAGAAACGGUGCUGGAGCUGCUGGCCACUGCCGACUAUUUGUGCAUAGACGGAAUUGUCGAAAAGUGCCUCGCUUUCGCCGUGGAGAACCUCAAGCCGGAAAACUGCAUCGGUGUCUUAAAAUUCGCGAGGCAAGUUCAACACGAGUAA